CUCCAUUCAAACCAACUCAUCUACUCUUCUCUUUCUUCUCUCUUCCAUUACCACAAAACCAUUUUCUAAUCUCUCUACAUCACAAAAAUGUCUUCUCUCAUCCCACAACUCCUCCUUCUAAUCUCUCUCUUCCAAAUCUCUCUAGCAGCUAGAAAACUCACUGAGUUAGUCCAAAACCAACCCAGUACCCUCCUGGAAUACCACAAUGGUCCUCUUCUUUCCGGCAAAAUCCCAAUCAAUCUCAUCUGGUACGGCAAUUUCAAGCCUUCCCAGAGAGCCAUAGUAUCUGAUUUCAUCACCUCCCUCUCCUCUUCCCCAUCUCAGAGCAACCCCUCGGUCGCAGCCUGGUGGAGCACCACCGCCAAGUACUACCACCUCGCCGCCGCCAAAUCCAAAAAACCCUCCUCCCUUUCACUCUCUCUGGGCAACCAAAUUCUCGACGAGAGCUACUCUCUCGGAAAGUCGCUCACUCAGACACAGAUCGAACAAUUGGCGUCAAAGGGCGAUCAGAAGAACGCCGUUAACGUUGUUUUGACGUCCUCGGACGUCACCGUUGACGGGUUUUGUAUGAGUCGGUGUGGGACUCACGGGUCAUUGAAGUCGAGUGAGCAAGUUAAGGGAAAGAAUUACAAGUUCGCCUUUAUCUGGGUUGGCAACUCGGAAACUCAGUGCCCGGGUCAAUGCGCUUGGCCGUUCCACCAACCCAUGUACGGACCACAGACCCCACCAUUGGUCGCACCCAACAACGAUGUGGGUCUAGACGGGAUGGUCACCAACCUGGCUAGCCUAUUGGCUGGGACCGCCACGAACCCAUUUGGAAAUGGCUACUACCAAGGGCCUGCCGAUGCACCUCUGGAGGCUGCAUCGGCUUGCCCUGGGGUCUAUGCUAAGGGGGCUUAUUCAGGGUACCCAGGGGACUUGUUGGUUGAUGCUUCCACUGGUGCUAGCUACAAUGCGCUUGGUGAUAAUGGGAGGAAGUACUUGCUUCCUGCUUUGUAUGAUCCUGCUACCUCGUCUUGUUCCACUUUGGUCUGAAAAAACAUGGGAUUGAUUAAAAAUAGGGGUGGUGUGUAUAUAGGAGAUUGCCAAGGCUAUAUAGAAAAAUAGUGUACUGAUUCAUUCAUUCGUUCGUUUAUUUGUUUGUUUUGGUUGCGAGAAGUUAGAUGAUAUAACAGCAAAUUACUUUGAUUUGCUUUUUCAUAAGA